AUGCCUAACUUGCCUAAGACCACCACCCUUGUCUUGGUAGUAGCUCUUCUCCUCUUCGCCUCGCUAGCAUAUGCUGCACGGCCGGAGUCUUUUCUUCUCAACAAUUCCCCCGUAAAAACCAAAUAUGCGAGCAGCGAGGAGGUUGAUAGUUGUGAUGGUGUUGGGGAGGAGGAAUGCUUGAUGAGAAGGUCCCUUAACGCUCAUACUGAUUAUAUCUACACACAGGACAUCAAGCCAUGAUGAUGAUUGAUGAUUGAUG